GCCACGAAACAAGAUAUUCAGUAUAUUUUAUGAAAGUCUAAAGUUUCGUUGUCGUUGGUUCUAAGUUUCUUUCGUAUUUUUGUUUUUGCGUUCUUCAGAUUGAGUGGUACGAAGUAAUGAUCUGCUUGUUAUAAUCUGUUUCAUGAAUGGAACAUGGUGAACAUUUCUUCUGAUUAUAAUGUUAAUGAUUUCGGAUGAUUUCAAGAUUUGUUGCAGGUAAAACAUGAAUAUCAUUAAACGGGAACAUGAUUCACAUAGCGAGUCUUAUUCUCCAUCUUCACAGAAUGAAGAACACAUCACUUGCACACAAAAUGAAGUUCCUGUACUGUUUGCAGAAGAGCAAGAAGUGGAUGUUAUAAAAGUGGAACCAGAUAUUGAUAUUGAAACAUAUUCUAUUUAUUCUUUCAAUGAAAAUGACCUACUUGAUAAUAUGAAAGAGGACGAUUCCACAGUAAAGACAUUUCCAGUGAAGAGGAGGAAGAAACACAAGUUGGGUAUUAAAACAACGCGUGCCAAAGGACGAUCGUACUGUUGUGACAUUUGUAAGAAAGCAUUUUCUCAACCUGCGACUCUAAGGAGACAUCAACGUGUGCACAGUGGUGAAGGGCUAUUUACUUGUGAUGUGUGUAAGAAAUUGUUUAACCAACGCAGUCAUCUCACAACGCAUCUACUUGUCCAUACCGGCGAGAAACCGUAUUUAUGUGAUAUUUGUGAGAGAUCGUUCAGUCGGCAGACAAAUCUGAGAGUACACGAACGCAUACAUAUUGGUGAGAAACUGUACCCUUGCGAUGUUUGUGAAAAGUCCUUUAUGCGGUCAGGCGAUCUUAAGAUCCAUCGUCGUGUGCAUACUGGCGAACGACCGUAUUUUUGCGAAGUUUGUGAGAGAAGUUUUACGCAGUGCGGCGCCCUCACAGAUCACAAACGUGUCCAUACUGGGGAACGACCAUAUUUAUGUGAAAUGUGUAAUAAAUCUUUCAAGAGAUCCAGUAACUUGAGGCAACACCAACGUAUCCAUACAGAUGAAAGACCGUAUACAUGUGGCAUUUGUAACAAAUCUUAUCGUGAGGCUAGUAAGCUCAAAAAUCAUCUUUUGCAUAAACAUAAUAAGAAAUCGCCAUUUUCGUGUGAAGUCUGUAACAAAUCUUUCUGCCAUCUGGGUCGUUUAAAGUCGCAUCAAGCCACGCACGGAAGUGACUGACUUAAUAUAAUGCUUGUAAGAAUAAGCUACCAAAUUCUGAGUGAUUAUGAACUGUUUAUGAACAGGUUUCCUUGUACUGGGCCCAUAGAAGUUGAAGUCCAAACUGAAGAUGUCGAUGAGGCCUCGUGGAUUGUAAAGUGCCGCUCUGUCCACCAAAUUCGACACACGUGGUCUUCAAAUUUAACCGCGGCUUGUGGUGUAAAACUG